UGGAGAUAAAUGGAGAAACGCAUAUUUCCACGACGUGGUUGACAAGGCCGUUUUCGUUAAAUUAUCUUAAGCAUGAACUACAUGUAUCAACUUAGUUGGACUCUGGUUAUCGCUAGUGAACAUACAAUUCCAUUAUCUCGAAUUCCUUGGAAAGCCGAAUGUAUUAUUUUUAGAUUAUCGCUUAGGUAUUUAAAUACUAGCAGGUCUCAGAAACUGUCCAGUGAUUCUUAGUCAGUGAAUUCAGGUAAAUAAAAAUGUACAUUCCUUAUGUCGAUGCUCUCAAAGGUUUUCUGAAUAAUGCUUUUCAAGACAAAGAACCAUGGCAAAUCGUGACGAUAACAUCGACUACUGUCUUUACAAUUAUUUGGCUUCGAGAUUUUAUAUUUCAAGAUGAAAGUCUUAUGGAACGAGGAAAAAAGCAGAUAUUUAAAUGGGGACGCUAUAUUCCUGCUAUUAAAAAUAAAGUGGAUAAGGAAUUAGAUGUUCUAAACAGAACGUUUCAGGAACAAGCUAUGCAAAGGGUUAAAGGUAUCCCAUUUAUUACGAAACUUCCAUCAGAAGGUCUUGGCUCGGCUGAAAUCGUUUCCCUUGUUAAGACAUCUGUACACUUAGGUGAUUAUGAUUGGCAUGGUGGUAAAGUAUCAGGAACUGUGUAUAGAGAUGAUGGUGUGCUCCAGAAUCUUAUUGCAGACGUUUAUAGGAUUGCAUCUUAUACAAACCCUUUGCAUGCUGAUGUAUUCCCAGGAAUUUGUAAAAUGGAAGCAGAAGUGGUUCGGGCAACCUGUUACUUAUUUAAUGGUAAUGCUGACUCUUGUGGAACGAUGACAACUGGUGGCACAGAAUCCAUUCUCCUUGCAUGUAAAGCAUACAGAGAUUAUGCAAAAGAAGUGAAAGGCAUUACACGUCCGAACCUGGUCAUGCCAGUAACGGCACAUUCCGCCUUUGAUAAAGCUGCUCAAUAUUUAAAAAUCAAGAUACUAACAGUUCCUGUCAAUCCCCAUAGUUAUACAGUUAGCAUCGCAGCUAUGAAACGUGCAAUAAACAAAAAUACUAUAAUGCUUGUAGGAUCUGCACCAAAUUUUCCAUACGGCACAAUGGACAAUAUUGAAGCCAUCUCAGAAUUAGGAAAGCGUUACAACAUUCCAGUACACGUGGAUGCCUGUUUAGGAGGGUUCUUAAUUUGUUUUAUGUCCAAAUUGGGAUACAAAAUUGGAGAAUUUGACUUUAGGUUACCAGGAGUUACCAGUAUUUCUGCAGAUACGCAUAAGUAUGGAUAUGCUCCAAAAGGAUCUUCGGUAAUCCUGUAUAGGAGUAAGAAAUACAGACAUCACCAAUUUACUACGACAACAGAUUGGCCCGGUGGUAUUUAUGGUUCUCCAACUGUGAAUGGUUCACGUGCUGGUGGCAUAAUUGCUGCUUGUUGGGCAACUAUGAUGUUCUUUGGAUACGAUGGUUACUUACAAGCUACUAAAAAAAUAGUAGAUACUACUAGAUAUAUAGAAGAAGAAUUGAGAAAGAUGGAUGGCAUAUUUAUUUUUGGAACGCCGGCUACUUCUGUGAUAGCGCUGGGUUCAACACAGUUCGAUAUUUACCGAUUGUGUGAUGCUCUGAAUUUAAAAGGCUGGAAUCUCAAUACGUUACAAUUUCCGAGUGGUAUUCAUAUAUGUGUUACGCAUGUUCACACAGGACCAGGGAUCGCCGAUGAAUUCUUGAAUGAUGUAAGAGUUGCAUUAGUAGAAAUUCUCCGUCUUCCGCAGGAAGCAGCCAAAGGAAAGUAUGCUGUUUACGGGGUGAGCCAAACACUUCUCGAUCGAAGUUUGGUUAGUGACAUCACGAGAUACUUUUUAGAUGCAGUAUAUUACACUCCUGAAACUGACAACUAAGAAUCAUGAAAAAUGUUACUUAUUCAUUAGAAAAUUACUACUGUCUACAAAACGUCCAUUUAUUGGAGUUAUCGAAUUAGACAUGACUAAUCAUUUGAGCUUCCAUUUAAAGUAGUGUAUAUAUUUGUACACGUGUAUGUACUUCCCAGACAAUUUUUCUGUUUCAUAUUGAAACACUACAAAAUAUAUUUCAAAAAAUAUUUAUACAGGUACAAUGCAAAUAUUGCUCAAUGAUUAUCAUAAGACUUAGGAUUCGAUGAUUACAAUAAGAUUUUUGAUGUACAAUUUUCAUACAAAUUUUGGUGAAACGGUAAUCACUUAUAUGAUAUAUUAUAAAUGGAUGUGAUCAUUUUAUAACGUGCGUGUAUGCAUAUAAAACUACUACAUAUAGAUUAUGUAUACCUUGAA